CUGGGGAGGAUGUGAAGAGUCCAGCUGAGAACAUCUGCCUCUGGGGACAAGGUUCCCACCAUCCUGACCCUCUGAUUCUAAAGUUCAGAGCAUCAGCAGGUAGGAAUGGUUCCUUGGGGCGUACGUAGCAUGCUUAUCUGCCUCCUCCUGGACCUGACUGCAGAAGAGAAUUUUCAGCAGGCCUUCCGUGUGCAGCCAGAUGACCGCACCGUCCAUGAAGGGGAAACUGCUCUGCUGAAGUGUGAGGUGGACAACCUCUCUGGCAUUGUGCAGUGGGUGAAGGAUGGACUCCUACUGGGUCCGAACCCAAAUAUCCCCCGAUUCCCCCGCUACAGAAUGGUGGGAGAGCCUAGCAAAGGUGUGUAUAAUCUGCAGAUAACAAGGGCCCAGGUGGAAGACCACGGCUGCUAUGAAUGCCAAGUGGGAGCCUCUGAGACGAGCAGUGGCAUCAUCUCUAAACAUGUGCUCCUCAUGGUGCUCACCUCUCCUAAGAAGCCACUAAUUAAGGAAUUCGAGGCCAACAGCACCGUGACCUGGGUUGCCGGCCUGCAGUACACGGUGACCUGUGAGGUGGAAGAGGUCCGGCCUGCGGCCAAGAUCACCUUCAGCAUGGAUGACUAUGAGGUGCCAGUUAUGACCUCGAACGUCCAAUAUACCCAGUCCUGCAAGACCGACAAUCCUUGCAAGCCCGGCGCGGAUGAAGACUCCAGUAGCAGCUCCGGCACCAGUCCCAAACUCUGCAGCACCAAGGGAGUGUUGAGAGUCAUCCCCCAGAGCUCAGACAAUCAGAAAUGGCUGCUCUGCAGAGCCUCUAACAAAGUUUCUUUAAUCCCAGCAGUGGUCGGUUUCACCCUGAACAUCCUGUUCCCACCCCAACCACCUGUCAUUGAGGGUUACAAUGGCCCUGUCAAAGUCAAGGAGAACCUGAAACUGACCUGCAUUUCUGUGAGCGGGAAUCCCCUGGCGAUGCUGCAGUGGCUGAAGAACGGGGAGGUUGUUUCCAGGAAAUGGGAGACGGAUGAUACCAACCAAUUGUCCCGGAGUGUCCUGCCGCUCAUCCUAAAAAUGGAAGACAACAUGGCUACAGUGAGCUGUCAGGCUUCAAACCGAUUGUUACACCUCCCAAUGCAGGCCAGCAUCAACCUGGAUGUGCACUUUUUUCCCGAGGAGGUGAAGAUCACAGGCCCCAGCAGCAUCCAAGAAAACAAGUCACUCUCUCUGAGUUGUUCCACUUCCCCCAGCAACCCACCGAUGGGGCUGCGCUGGAGGCUGGGUUGGAGGGAGCUCAAUGCAACUGAGGUCGCCUUCUCAGAGUCAGAUCACGGUGGGAAGAUCUCGGUGUCUAAUCUGACAUACACAGCCCUGCGAGAAGAUAAUGACCUUUCCUUGAUCUGCGAAGCCUACAAUGAAGCCAUCCUGUUUACCAAGACUGCUACCGUGACCCUCAGAGUAUACUAUCCACCUCAGAGAAUCUGGAUCGAUGCACCACCCCCAGAAAAACGCUUCCGGGCUGGCACCAUAGUUAAGCUGACUUGUUUUGCGAGCGGUGGGAACCCCUUGCCUCGCCUCGAUUGGUACAAGACAUCCGAGUGGAUCAAGGGUACCAGGACAGUGAGGGACGGGAUAUCACCUGGGUCAUCGGGGAGUAUUGUUUCCAAGGAGUUGAUCCUGACCAUGACCCCCAGUGACAACAUGGCCAUCUACCGCUGCAAUGCCUCCAGUGUUUCCAGAACCCCGGCACUCACUGCAUACACCCGUCUGCAUGUCCAGUUCCCACCCCUUGAUGUGACAAUUACAGCAACCGACAAAGAGGUGAGACGUGGCCAGUCGCUGACGCUUACCUGUACAUCAGGCACCAGCAACCCGGCUUCCCGUCUCCUCUGGUUCCUAGCGGGAGAGAAGAAAGAGAUGCAGCCCCCUGGAUACCGAUGGGGCUCAAGCUUCUCAGCCCCAAGAGAGGGGAGAUACCACAAUGGGAGAACACAUACAGAUUCGAUCCCUGCUGUCUUCAGAUUGAAUGCAACUGACCUAGGGCAAAAGAAAGCAGUCUAUGGGGGUUUCAAUACCUCGGGGAAAGUGACUCUGGUCGUAUCAUCUGCAGAUCAUGGGAAGCGAGUGGAAUGCCAUGCUUACAGCUCCGUCCUCUCCGAAGCUGUGAAUACCUUCUACCAGCUCACUGUCCUGUUUCCCCCGGAGUUCUCAAUGGAGCAGCUCUCCAAAGUGUCUGCCAUGGAGCACAAAGCUGCCUGCCUGCCUCUGAUGGUCUCAGCCAGCCCUCCUGAGAUCACCUACCGCUGGAGCUUCCUUGGGAAGGUACUCCUGACAGAGGGUUCCCCACGGCAUCACCUGCAGGAGAAUGGGUCUCUGGAGAUCUGGAAUGUGACUCGUGCUGACGCUGGCAAAUACAGGAUUCGCUGUGAGAACUCAGAAGGCCACAAUGAGACCACCAUCGUGCUGAGCGUGAUGUACUCGCCAUCCAUCCGCAGCAUUGGAGACCCAACCUACGUGGACCUGGGUGGUACAGCUGAGGUUGUAUGUCAGGCGGAUGCCUAUCCUGUGCGUGAGGGCAUGUUUCAGUGGAAGUGGCUGGAUGACGGAGAGCAUAGUCUGUCCGAGAUGGGCUUUAACCAGAGCUCAGAAGGGCUGGUGGGGCGGCUGCAGAUCCAGAAGGCCCAGCGGACUCAUGCUGGAGUCUAUGAGUGCCAAGUAGACAACGGCAUCCCCCCGGCAGCAAGCAGCACUGCCCGCUUGGUGGUACGAUACCCGCCAGAGAUCAUGAAAGGGCCCGGACAGAGAAAAGUGGCCGCCGUAGGAGACGAGACGAGUGAGGCCACCCUGCAGUGCCACGCCCAGGGUAUCCCCAGGGUGCAGUUCAGCUGGGCCAAGAAUGGGAUCCCCCUCGAUGAUCACCACGGCUCCAGGUACACUGUACGCACGGAGCAUGAGGAUUCCUGGCACACCAGUACCUUAACCAUCGCCCAUGUGAGCGCAGUCCUUGACUAUGCUACCUUCACCUGCACAGCCACCAAUGAUCUGGGCACAGACACCCUGGACAUCCAGCUCCUGAGUACCAGCCGCCCUGAUCCACCCAAAGGGCUAGUGGUUCUCCGUGUGGGCCAUACCUGGCUGACUUUGCAGUGGACUCCUGGGUUUGAUGGAGGGCGUCAGCAAAGCUUUCGGGUCAGGUACCACUGGCCAGGGGCUCCCAGCUUCAUGUAUGUGGAUGUCUUCCCCCCACAGUCCUCCAUAUUCACUUUGAGAGGGCUUCACCCCAACACUCCCUACAACGUCUCCGUCAAUGCCCGUAAUGUUCUUGGGGAAAGUGACUUUGCAGAUGGCGGUGCAGGCCUUAGUGUCACCACUGCAGAGAGAGGGAGAGAGCCGGUUGACGGAGAGCCCGAGACGCCAUUUCAACCUGAGCCAGAGAGCCCUGCACUCCCCUUUCCCCUUUGGCUGCUUGGUGUCCUUGGAGGAAUCCUGAUAGUCUCCAACCUCUCCUUCCUGGGCUUCCUCCUCUAUAGGCGGCAGACCCGGGCUGUCAAAGGAGAUGGAACGGAAGCGGGAGCUAGGACAAAGGUGAGACGCAGCAAUAACUACACUGUAAGCAAUUGGCUGAAGCUUUGUGGACAACCAGCAGUGUCACAGAAGCAGAGCUCCGAGGAAAGCACCUCGGCCAAGGGCAGCUCCACCGAGACGUCGACGGGCACUGUGGCCGCUGCACAGCCCUGGUUGUGGCUGGACUGCCACACUGAGAGCGAGACGGAUGCCAGCACGGCAGAUCCCAACAUCCCACCCGGUUGGCUCAGCUUCCCAGAGCUCCAUGAGUAUGAGGAGGUGAUGGUGCCUGGAAAAUAUGAGGAAAUGGAACCUCAUUAUGCUGCCCGGCACCCCAGGGAUGUGCCUUGGAGUCAUGAAUAUGUGGGUGCCUAUCAGCAGAGUGGAAGGUCUCUGGCUGGCUAUGAGGAGACCAUGAAGAUCUAUGACCCUGUGGCAGAUUAUCUGCCUCUGGACCAGGACCUGCCUUUCGAGGAGCGAGGGGAAUUGGUUUGAGCCCUGGACUGCAGAAGGGCUGCCUGUCCUGUUCACCAUGUUGCUGUGUUUUAUAAUGAAAAGAAUCACUCUGGACUGUGUUGCUGUUAUCAAAUGCUGCCUUGCCCCAUGUCCCCGGUGGGGGCCAGCCCCCUUUCCAGACCUACUCUUGCAAACUUUGGAAGGGGUGUGGGGUGGGAAGGUUGCCAGCAGCCUCCUUUUCCUCUCCUUGUGUGUCCUGCAAGCUUUGCAAGGAGUGUGAAAUGAGGGGCUCCUUGCAAAGUUUGCAGGGGUUGGAUCGGUCCUGAAAAGCUGCUCUGCUGGCAUAUUUUUACCUCCCUGGCACUCCCCUAAUCCACUGCCCGAGACAACUGCAUCACCUCGCCUCAUGAAAGGGCCGCCAU